GACGCGUUCAAAGUCAAAUGUGUCCGCUAGGGCAUGACUGUCAACGAUCACAUUGCAACUUGGUUCACUACUUUAAUCAGCUCUUAAAACAUAACAUUUCCACCUUGCUAUAACACGUCGGACAGUGUGACAUAUAGCUAAAGCUCAACAGCAAUAACCGUUGGCCACCAUGGAUUCCGAUGCCUUCAUAUCACUAGCGAACAUCAGACUUCCUACUUCGUCCCGUCUUUUGCCUUCAUCCUGGUGCCCUGACAAAGACUUAUUUUUGCUUGUCAGUCGGUCGGCUGGCAGAGAUAAGCUGAGCCUAUGGAAAAUGCAAGGUGCAAAGAAAUGGGAGGUGACCUUUGACAGCGAUCAACCGGGUGCCAAAGAGGUUGUGGAUGUUGCCUGGAGUCCAGAUGGAACGUCCAUUGCUGUUGCACAUCAUCCGCCUGCCAUUACUUUGCACACAAUCGAGGAUGGUCGUCAACAAAUACUACUGCCAAUUGACUUGCCUCAAGCCUCUGCGUCGAAGAUGCCACGGCUAAAAGGUAUCUGGUGGACACAGAGCCCGAGACGUCAAACCAGGAGUACUAUGCCUGACCUCUUCAAGCGUCGGAAUGUCAUUACAGGCUCCGCUCACUCCAUUCUCAGAGGCCAGCCCCUCCUGGACCCAUUGCAUGAUGAACUUCAGGCUUUAAGUUCGUCAGAGCUGUUUGCAUUUCAAGGAUCAAGUACCCGCACGGCCGCCAAGAAUUCCCAACCAGACGUCAUCUCGUCAUGGCCGUCUCUGACUCCGGAUUUACUGGCCGCUUCUCUGAAGCAAGCCAAAUCUGGGAAGCAGGUCAGUAGACCAGGAGAAGAAUUCGACGAAAGUAACGAAGCCAACACGGGCAGCUCAUUGGUCGCAUCAGAUCAUGCGGGCAAUAGUCAUUGUUUUCUAGACGGCCGUUACUCUCUAGGCUCUCUUUCUCUUGGCGAGUCAUGCUUUGCGACAUCUCUUCAUCAAGACAGCGAGCGGACGCUCUUGUUGUUUAUGACGUUUUCCUCGGACGGGACUGUCACCAGCCUGGACCCAUGUCUAGUUCGGCUACCGUUCCUCCAAAUGCGAUAUUUGCGCGACCUGGCAAAGGUUUCAUCAUCUACCAAGGAAUUGACGUGGUACGCGAUGCGAGUUGUCAAAGAAAUGCGUGCCGCGUGGUUUGGUUCAGAUACUCAGAGUGGCGCGAGAGAGCUUGGUCCAAAAUGGCUGCGAGCAUUUGAGGCUAGGCAGCGUGAUCAGUUCGGCGAACUCGAGCCGAACCCCAUGGUAGACUUGACAUACCUGCUUGUCACUGGACGCACUUCCGACCCCCUCUCUGACUACCUGGGGAGUGGGGAACAGAUGAGUGAAAGGGGUAUUUUGAAAUGGGACCAAACUGUCUCAGAAGCUCUCGUAAAGCUGCGUGAUUACUCGGAGAAACGUCUGAUACCUGCAUGCCAACGUAUACACCUGCUGCUUGAGGAGACCCUUGGUUGGUCGCAACUGCCGGAAUAUGCCUUUUGCGCUCUGAAAACUGAUGACAUCCGGACGUCUUUAACUUUGGCUCGUUCGAUCAUAAUAUGUGCUUCGUGGCUCGGUGCAACAGCCCGACGGGAAUUAAUUCGAUUCAGAGACUUCCUCAAUUGGGUGCGAUAUGAAAUCGCGAGGGCGAAUUCGACCACAGAUGUUCACGCUCUUCCACCGCCUCGGCACGAUCCUCUAGAGGUCAACGACUACCUGAUGUCGGGCCUUGUAGUCAGUUCAAUUGACCGGUGGUUCAUGGGACCUGUUCCGCAUUUCUCAGAGGACGACCUCCGCAUUCCAAAUACCAGAGAUCUUGAGACUUCCAUUCAAGUUGCACGCGAGACGCUAGAGAACCCGCGAAGCUUCUCAUGGCCACCGAAUGUAAAGAUGCAGGACCUCAGUCGCCUGGAUAGAAAUCUCGAUGCGCUUAUGCAGGAGCUUGCAACGCAUUGUCAGAAGAUCUUCAGUGAGGCAUCUAAAACAGCUUUACGGUCUGCUGUUGUAGUUCCUCCUCCUCUCACCAUCCCAGAACAUGCUGUGGAGAAACCUGCCCCUAUCGAAGCGCCAGCCUUCAUUCGAGAACAGACCAUACUGUCUUCGGAACACAGCUUCCUACAAUAUCUCGCAAUACAAACACCUCAUGCUAGCGAAGGAAGCCACCUUUGCUUGUUGCGGAUGACUCGUCAGUAUGGCGUUUCGGAAUCCAGGGAUGAGACCGCCGUAGCAAUCCUGCAAUGUUUGCGACAAGUGGGUGAUGAGGCACAGCCUCUGCACAUUCUGGAUGCGGAAUUUUUUGACGAGCAGGACAUGAUCGUCGUGUACCGGCUGGAUGAUCCAGGGCCAACGUUUAUCGCUACCGUCGAUUAUGCCAAUGUUAACUACCGAUCGCUAGGUUCGGAGACAGUGAGGGACAUUAAAAGCAGAGAGGAAGCCAUGAAUGAUGUGCUACAGCGAAUGCGCAACGGGGAGCUCUCGCCAGUGCCUUUGCCGAUCAAUCAAACCCGUGCACUGAGCGGCUGUCGAGAAGGCCGAGUGACCUUGUCUGUGAAUGGCAGAGUGGGGCGGAGAGUGGCUUGCGUCCUGGAUGAUGCAGGGUUGAUUUUGGAAGUACUCGAUAUGGAGGGGGAAGUCGAUGAAGAGGAGGGGGACAUAAGUCAGAUCUCUGAGACCGCCGAUGCCACAUCGUAACAGAUGAACGCGCAGUUGGACAUCUCUUCGAUGGCGUCGCAAUGGUGUCAACGGGACCGAAUCACAUUAUCUGGGACGAUGUUGCAGCCUCACUGCAGGAGACGGCGUUUCAUCUUGUUGCUACAAGGCCGGCGAUUGCGGGAGCAGUGGAGGACUGGGGGCUGGAGAAGGAGCGAGACAAGCCGCUGGGAGACGCGUGGGGUCACACGGAAGUUAGACUGCAGCCUGGGAGCCAUGGUGCUGGGUCAAACCUUCGGAAUUGACAAUCGGAUACCGGUCCUUAGAUAGCAAAACGCGCACUUAGCUCAGCUGCAGUUGUAUUUGAUGAGAGACGGAAUAGUGUCUGCUGGGUUGUGAAAAUAUCAGAGAUGAGAAGUUCGCGG